CUGAUCGAUUUUGUGUUUAAUGAUGCAUAUUUGUAUAGGUUAAACGUAUACCUACAUUACCGGCCUCGGGCUAUAAUUUAUGACAGUAACUGAAGUAUUAUACGCUAAUCACGAUGCAUGUAUAAUAAUAAGUGCGUAUAACGAAUUUUUUGUUUGGUGGAAAAGAUAAAAAUGAUAAUCUCAACUUUAAAUUAUCUUUCUCGAAUAAUUUUUUCAAAAUUUUCAAUAUUGAACAUUGUUUUAUAACAAUAAUAAUGAGCUUUUACAUUACCACGUUUAACACGAAUCAAAGUUUCCCGUCCUUCAAUAGACCUGAGAUUUUAGGUUAUUACAGCUUAAAUGAGCAGGAAAGGCUAUACUCCGAGGAUUUAUCGCAGCUUAAAUAUUACAAUGAACGCAAGAAGAAAAAGAAAGUACAGUUCAAUCUCAACGAGGGCAUUGACUGUGUUAUAAGAAAGCUCAAUGAUAAAGAUGAGAGGAUUGAUCACAUCUGUAGGUGGAUCAUUAAUAAUUACGCCAAAAUUUUAGCCGAGCCUGAAGAGCAGCGAUGGCUAAGACCAGAAUUUAUAUGUUAUCGAGGCUUAUUGACUAAAAUCUGCUCUACACCUUUUGAGGAGCGCGAUGGCUGGAUCAUAUGUGCUGCCAAAUUUCAUGGAAAUAUUUACUUAUGUGCCUUUGAAACUGAACAGCAGAAAAUAAAGAAUAGCAAAUUGACAAGUAGAGAUCUAAAAUUCAUGUCUUGGGGCUUUAAAUUUGAACAAUUUCUACUUUCAGAUUCUCCUAAUACAGCACCUUGUACUAGCCAACCUGUCAACGAGAGUGAGGAAUUCAAUUGUGUGAUGAAAACUAAGUUGGGGCAAAAUAUGUUACUGUACGGGGCAGAAAUGGAUGGUGCUAUCUCCACAGACAUUAUUGAGGAACCAGUAGACUGGAAACAUGUCAAGUUUGUUGAACUAAAAACAAAUAUGAUGAUUAAAACUAAAUGGCAAAGGCAAUUUUAUAAGAAAAAACUUUUGAAAUGGUGGUGUCAAAACUUCUUAGUUGGUAUUGAGCAAAUUGUAUGCGGUACAAGGACAAAUAGCGGACUAGUCUUUGAGAUAGACACUAUAAAUGUUUCUGACAUGCCAAAAAUAGCAAAGAAUUUAUGGAGUGCAUCAGAGAGCAUGAACUUUUGCAACAGGUUUUUGAAUCAUUUAAAAAAUGUUGUUACUGAAGACUGCAGUAAGUGCAUUUACAAAUUUGAAUUCAAACUCAACAGAAAUAUUGAAAUGCAAAUAUUACCUGCUUUAUCGAAUUUUUCGUUUCUUAGUAAUUGGUAUAAAGAGGAGGUAGAGAAAAUAAGAAAAGCUAAUUGA